ACGUGGAGGGAUUUCUUUUGACAUAUAUAUGGUUCCUUGGAGUUGCUAAUGUUAAAUGUUUUGUUGUUUCAGGUUUAUGAGGAGCUUGUUCAGGCUAUCAAAGAUGCAGAGCAAUGGCUCCUUCAGUUGAAACGUGCGAGGUUGCUGCGAGAGGUGGAUUCGGUUCUAGAUAGUUCCAAGUAUGUCGCUGAUGAUGUCAAAGUGGAGCCCCUUGAUCCAACACAAGUUGAAGCAGAACCACUGGCGGAUCUAAGUUAUUCUGUUGGAUCUAAGUGUAGAUUCCGCCACACUGAUGGACGUUGGUAUGAUGGUCUGAUUUUUGGGUUGGAAGGUUCUAAUUCAGCGAAGAUUUCUUUCCUCACACCAACAUCUGAAAACAUGUUGUGAUGCUUUUGGGCCAAAUUGAUGAUGUUUGCAUGGGCGCAAUUUACAUUAUAUUUUUUCUUUAUGGAAAACAUGUACAGUUGAUAUGUUUUGUUAUUACGUUUCUUUUUUUU